CUCUCAGUCUCUCGCUCGCUCUCUCUGCCUCUUUCCCUUCUUCCUCUCUUUUCUCUCUUCCCCUCUCCUCUUUCUUCUUCUUUCCUUCCUUUGCCGCUGUCUCUCUCCUCUCUCAUGUCUAGGUCUUCCCUCCCUUGCUCCCAAGUUACCUCCCCUUUCUUCAGCUCUGGGUCUGUCUGGCUGGCUGACUCGGUCUCUCCCUCUCUCCUCCCUCUUUCUCCCUCCUCCUUUUCUCCCCCUCUCCAUUCUUUCUCUCCUUCCUUCCCUAUCUCCUCUCCUUUUUUGUCUCUCGCCCCCAUCUUCUCUUCCCCUCAUCCUUACUCCCUCCAUCCUCUCUCUCCCCCCCAUCUUUCCUUCUCCCUCUUCCCCCUUUUCUCCUUUAACCCUCCUUUCCCCUUUUCUCCCCCUCGCACAUGAGGGCUUCUCAAAAAUAACCGCGGCGUGGCAUCUCUCUUGCUGCGCCAGCAGAGCCCCAUGGAGCCUGCCCGCGGCUCUCGCCGGCUCCGCUCCUGGUCCCUGCUCUUCCUGCUCCUGGCAGCGUCCCAUAGCUGGUCAGGAGUGCGAGGUCAGGAGGAGCUUCAGGUGCUGCAGCCCAAAGACCACGUGUCCGUGGCCGAGGGUGAGACCGUGGUACUGAACUGCACGGUGCCUGGGAUACCUCCUCCGGGGCCGGUGAGGUGGUUCAAGGGAAAGGAGCCCCAGAGGCAGGAGAUCUACAAUUUCAAAGGAGGCUCCCACCCGCGGAUUAAGCCAGUUGCCUUGCGCUCCAGCAACUCGGACUUCUCCAUCAGCAUCAGCCACAUCACUCCAGAGGACUCGGGCACCUAUUACUGCGUGAAGUUCAAAAGAAAUUUCCAGGAUCCUGACACAGAGCUUAAAUCCGGAGAGGGCACCAUGCUCUCUGUGACGGCCAAACCUUCUGUACCUAUGGUGUCUGGCCCCCAGGAGAGAGUAAACGUUGAGCACUUGGAGAAUUUCACCUGCAAUUCAACCGGCUUCUCUCCCAAAACUAUCACCCUGAAAUGGUUUAAAAAUGGGAAUGAGAUCCCUGCCCGACGGAUCAAGGUUUUCCCCGAGGGGGAUAGUGUCUCCUACAACAUUACCAGCGAUGUGCAGGUGAAACUAGAAGCUAGCGACGUCCACUCCGAGGUCAUCUGUGAAGUGAAUCACAGCACGCUGCAAACUCCUCUUCGAGGAACAAAGAAUUUGUCAGACAUUAUCCGAGUUGUACCUAAAGUGAACAUUUCUUCUCAACCACUUUCCUUGAACGGCACCAAUGUCACCUGUCAGGUGAAGAAUUUCUACCCCCAAAAUGUGAGUGUCAUCUGGCUAGAGAAUGGCACCGAGCUUGAGAAAGGCAAGACCUCUGAGCCCACAAAGAACAAAGACGGCACCUACAGCCUCAACAUCUCACUCCUGGUCAACACAUCCGGACAAAAGGAAGCCCAGGAGAUCACCUGCCAGGUGCUGCACGACUCCCAGCUUCCCAUCAAUGCCAGUAAAACGUUCAGAGCCCCAGCCCCUUCUGGGACCAUGGACAAAAAGGAGUCAGAGCCUGGAUCCCAAAACAUCUUUAUUGCAGUGGGUAUAGUGUGUAUUUUGCUGGCAGCUCUGCUGAUUGCCACCAUCUACCUCAUCCGAGCCAAACAGAAAAAAGCAAAAGGUUCGACUUCUUCUACAAGAUUACAUGAGCCGGAAAAAAAUGCCCGAGACCUAAGCCAGAUCCAGGAGGCAAAUGAUAUCAACAAUGACAUUACCUAUGCAGAUCUGAACCUGCCCAGAGGGAAGAAGAGCGCUCCGCGGCCGGUGGAGACCAACAGCCAGACUGAGUACGCCAGCAUCCAGACGGGCCCGUCCCCCCAGCGGGAGGACACCCUCACCUACGCAGACCUGGACAUGGUCCACCUGAAUCGAUCGUCCAAGAAGCCCACGACCAGGCCCGAAGAGUCAUAUUCAGAGUACGCCAGUGUCCAAGUCCAAAGGAAGUGAACGCCGCUUCUGGGUUGCUGGUUUCCCGCGGCGGCGGAAGAUCGGGAGGCUCUUGCUGGGCUCUCCGAAGUUGGCGGCAUCGUCCCCCGGGAAGUGCGGUGGAAGUGCCCGCCAAUCUCUGCUCGCCGCGAAGGCUGCGUCCUUUGGGACCCAUCGAUGAGGGGGAGGACGGCCCCCACUGCUCUCCACCGCGCGCUAACUCGCGAGCUUGGUGUGCACUUCCACCGAGGAACCAAGGGCUUUGGGGCAAGCUACGUUUCUAACAUUCCCAAAUGCGGAGGGUGACAUUGCAAACUAGGGUCGAGCAAAGGAACAAAAAUCUGGGGAAUUGCUGCCUCUCCCCGCUGUGGUGACUUCCUAAUGGCCUGGGGGCACAAGUUCCCUUCCUGCCCGGCCCAGCUUGUCCUGCUGGGCCCGGGACAUGCUCUUUAGACAGAUCACCUUCAUGGCUUUUCAGUAACACAGUCACUGACUCCAGUGUCCCCUCAGCUAUGUUCUUCCAGGGCAAAAUAUGAAGGAAAAGCCUACUCUUUCUUCCCCCAACCUACCUGCGACUGCAAGGCUCUAGGAGAAAAUUCUCCAGAUGCUAGAAUCCUAUCUGCAGAGAGGCUGGAGAGACAACUAUCUGGGUGACCUGUUCGGAGGGACUUGGCUAGGGGUGAUAGUCAGGCUUCUCUGCUCCCCUACUCCCAUCCCAGCACAGACUUGGAGAGGUAGACCUUCAGAGGGACUCAGAACACCUACUUACACCAAGGGUCGCUUGGGACUUGACUCUCCCCUGGACAACCCUCCCCCAAACUCAGUUGUCCCAGCUGUAACUCCAUACAGACACACCUCUCAUUUCUAGACCUGAAUUUUGCUUCCAGCCCACACUAACACAGCAAUGUCUCGCUGCUGUUUACUCCUGUAAAUUAUUAAGAAAUGUGAAAUGUGCAAUCUUGAAACCAAGGUGUUAGAAAAUUUGAUCUGUGGUUUUUUUUUUCCUUUUAAGCAUUAUAUUGGCUCUUUGUCAUGUGUUAAAGUCCUGUGUUGCACAUGGUCGAGUAUUACAGGGUGUAGGAAGGUUUAUCCUUUGCUGUUCAGGUUGAGUUUUCUUGAAGCAGAAACAGAAUUCUAUACAGUUACCAGAAGAUUAUUGGGCAGAUAGCCACAGUCCAGCUAUUCCUUGGGGGCUAUCUGAAUGUGAUUAAAUUGGUGAAAAUGACUUUAGUGGGACGGAGCAAGUGCCCUAUGGCUGAUAGUUCUGCUAACCUUAGCCUUUACCAUAAGCAGAGCUACUGAGACAACAUCUUCAGCAAUUGGGGGAUGGGGAGUGGGAGCAUUGUGUGUGAGCUAGUGCAUAGCCUGCCUGAAAAUGCCCAAACCAAGAUCCCACCCAGCUCCCACACUAACUUACUACAUGGCCCUCAAAGAGUCCCUUAGCCUGGUGCCUCAGUUUCUCCACCUGUAAAAUGAAAUGAGAAGAUUUGCUACCAAACUCUAUCAAGCACUUUAUGAUUCUGGAGUCCAGGUGAAUUAUAUCCUUCUGGCAGGAGCAGCUAAAGAGCCAGCCCCACCUGUCUUCUCCGGGACAUCCCCUGCUGUUUCCGCCGGACAGCCCGAGAAGCGGAGUCACUGGAGGUCAUUGAAGCCAGUCUCGGCUCCUCCCUCAUCCUCCGUCUCCAAAGCUGUGGCGUGGGCUAAUGGCUUCUCCUGCUUUUCCAGCAGUGACACCAAUUACCAUCCUGUCAUUCAGACUGUGAAACAGAUCUUCUAGAUGGAAGGCUGAUGGGGUGAGGGGCCGCGGAGCCAGGAAUCCAGGGAGAGCAGACGUUGCAUGACCUGUUUGGACUGUGCUGACACAUUAACUGUUCACUCUUUUUCCAGCUAAAUGCAAAUUUCCUCAUUCUCCCAGGGUUCAAGAACUCUGCCCAGAAUUCUUGGCUAGGUGAGUCAGAAACAAAAGCAGUGGCCUAAGGAGAGCUUGAGCCCGGAGCGAGACCGUUCUCGGAACGUUUUCUGUCCUGGGCACUAACAAGGUGGUUGGGGGGCAAGGCUGGGUUCCCGGCCCAAGCCUCGUGCUGCCUGGCGCGUGAAGAAGUCAAGAAAGUGUCUGAUGAAAUGCAGGCGCCGCUGUAAUUGUUGCUGCAGUCGGUGUCCUCUGUGGGGUUUGUUUUAACCAGCCACCAGCCAGGAACAUCUGUGAAAUCAUCCCUCGUCCCACAUAGGCCCUUCCGGAACCCGAAACCGUUGGCUCGCAAACUGCCUCCCUCAUCCCCAUGUAGCUUCCUUCAGUGGAAACACCGUAGUUUUUGAGAACAUUCUCAAACUCUCUUGUUCUCUUGGUGCCAUCAUUUUUGUGUGUGUGUCUUUUAUCGGGGCAAGGGGUGGUAUUGGGGGGAGGGAAGGAUGGAAAACGCCAAAGGCAAGCAGGGAACGUUAGCUGCAGCUCAGCUUCUUUGAGAGAGAUCUGUGCGGAGACAGUAUGAUGGCACUUAGGUGAGGAAGAAAUAGAAAUCUGAGAAGAAAUGUAGUGUCCAGGCUUUCUUUGAAAAACACCGGAAAGGAGCCAGGCCCCGAUUUGUAUAUACUUGCUUCUUAAACUUUUUUGGCUUGCAAAAUAUUUUUGUAAUAAAGAUUUCCGGGAAAUAAUAAUUUGAAAAGUUGAAAAAAAUCA